AUGCCCACCGCCCAUUGCUCUUCAUGCUCGACUACCUCGCCUACGCCGGCGAGUGCGCCACCCACCGUCAAGAAGCCGCAAGCCCGGCGCCCGGCCCCGCUCAAGGACUUCGCCUCGAACCGCCCGCGCUCCUUCUCCGUCUGCCCGCCGCCGAGCCCGUCCGCCUUCGACGAGGACGCGCUCGACCGCCCAGCUUCCACUGCGCCUGGCCGUCGCUCGGUCGCGAGCACGCCGGGCCCCGACGACAGCGUCGACACGUCGUUCCAGAGCAUCGAGUUCGUCGUCGAACCGCCGAGCAGCGCUGCGAGCUCGAGUCGCUCGCGUACGCCGAGCCCGGCCGGCCGUCGCCAGAGCGCCGCCAUCCCGAUCCGCCCGCCGACCUACUUUGCGCCGUCGGCCUCGGCCGGCAAGUGCUUCCAGGAGCAGAUCCAGCCCCUCGUCUACUUUGACGUGCAGCACCCGUCCACGUUCGGCCACUUCAGCAACCCGUACCUCGUCGCCGAGCCGACCUCGCGCUUCCCUGCCGUCGCCGUCGCGCCGCAGCACGUCUACAGCCCGUCGAUCCCGUACUACGAGGUCUACCCCGAGGUCCAGUACCCGUACAUCACGUCGCCGCCGUCGCCGAUGGGCGGAACGUGCCCGGUCGACCCGUCGUUCUCCCUCGUCCAGCCGUCGUCGCCCUUUGCGCCGCACCCGCCGGCCUUCCAGUCGCACAUCUACGAGCCAGCGUCCUUCCAGUCGGCCUGGCCGAUCCCGAAUCAGUACCUCGACACGGCCUCGCCGCCGUUCGUCUCGCCGCCGGCAUCGCCCGGCCUGAGCAACGACGGCGCGACCGCCUCCUCGACGCACGAGCAGGCCAAGCCGAGCCUCACCGCCAUCGAGUCGACGACGGGCACCGUCUACCCGCUCGUGCCGACGGCCGAGUACCCUGUCCCGCCGACCGUGCGCGGGCUCCUCGCGCGAGGCGACCACUUCUUCAGCUCGGGCACGUGCAAGUUCUUCGACGUUCUCAAGGGCUACGGCUUCAUCAUCGACGACCACAAGGACCUCGCCGCCGACGUCUUCGUACACUACACUGGCAUCGACGUUCUUCGCGGCUUCCGCUGCCUGACCGAGAACGAGCGUGUCGAGUACGUCCUCACGAAUCACUCGGCGGGCGGCUACCAGGCUCUGCGUGUCAUCGGCGAGUUCGGCGCGCCGCUCAAGGGCCUCUCGGACGAGGGCAACGCCAAGGCCGUCUGCCGCACGCCGAUCCAGCGCCAGUCGACGCCUGUCGCCGGCGCCCCGAACGCGCUCGUCGAGCCCGCCACGGUCCGCAAGCCCGUCCCGCUCGCGCCGCAGCAGCAGGCCAACUGGAAGCCGCCGCACAUGCGCACGCCGCAGCCGAGGAAGAACGCGUCGUCGCAGUCGCCACGGUCGUACUCGCGCCUGGCGUUCGCGCCGCGUGCGGCGUGA